AUAAGAUCGAUUCUUCUGGUAGAAUCUAUAUUCUGUGGCCAACAUAAAUACUUAACUUACGCGAAGAGGGUGGAAUUAUACUCACUAAUCACAUUCAAUCCCGAAAUUAUUACUUUUAAAAACCACCAAUCAAAUACUAAUUUGCAGAUUCCUAUGGGCGCUGCACAAACAACCUUCUGCAACGAGGCGGCUGUCCCGAUAAGCACCGGCGUAUCGGUCGCUUUCACCUACUUCCUCACCGAGACGCUACUCCCCGGAAAGUGCGUAACUUCUGACGUGGGUCCCGUCUGGUUCACCGCGUUCGCACAUAUCCCCUCCCGCUACAAGCCGGGCCUUCUGCGCAAUCAAGUGUACUUCCUGACCAACGACACGACCGCGGUCGGGAUGGAGUUCAACUCUUUUCCAUUUCACCUUCCUCAACGACCCGUUUUGAAAUACUGGCACGUCUCUCGGGACGAGGCGGACUAUAUCAUGGCCGAAAGCGACGGAUAUGUCGAGGAUAAUUUGUCCAUAGUGAGAAGCGCCAUAUCAGUCGCGGUGAGGAGCAUGCACACGGAAUCGAGCGGUUUUUAUGCCGGACGUUACUAUAAAAUCAGGGUCACUGGUGGACCUAAAAGGAUCAUAAGUAGCUCAGACUUGUCUUUUGGCCAAGCUCAUAUUUUGCCUUUUAAGGAAGAAUACGACCCUUUCAGGAUGCACAUCAAGGACCGUCUAUAAAUCAUGUGACGUGGAGGGGAGGGGGGUUCAAGGCUGCAAUGAUAUCGUGUCUAUGUGACACAUGUUAAAGGGGGCGAGGAAGGUUUAGAAAAUCGCGAUUUGUGCGUGACAUAAUUUAUGGACUUUCCUUAAGUCUUAUGUCGUUUAUGUUUAAGCGAAUUUAGAAAAAAUAUUAUUAAAUAUAUACAUAAACGUGUAUGUUGAAUUAACAAUAGGAAGGAAUUCAGGGGAAACCCGUUUUUCAUAUUUUUUAAGAUUAACCAUCGUUUAAAUUAUUUUUAUUGAAUCGCUUAGUUUGGAUUAAUAAAAUUUGUAUUCAUUAUUUUGCCAUAGGUAAAUACCGGUA